AUGGCUCAAUCAACGAACCAGAACCUUCUACAGGAGAUAGACGGAAGAAUUAACAUCGAUAUCGACUCAUUAGACAAUGGAUUCCUAAGGUCUCUGUCCAUCACUCCAAAUGAUCAGACGUGCAAUCCAAGAUGGUUGUCAGUACAGGUGGAGGAUCCGUCAAGUUCCGAUCUUCUCAAGACCACGGCACUUGAACUGCAGGGAGAUGGCUUUCUUGCUGUGGGCACUCGAUUGGCCGUCCGCUUUUGCCGUCAAAAUAUCCCGUUCAUCAAGGGCCGGGUCUUGGUUCAAACGAGCCCCUCGGCAGCAUACGACUGUCAAAAGACUCUGGACCAUGCGCGUCUGUUUGCCUCCGAGUUUGAACGGGCUGAGAUCCCAAAGGAUCGCUAUUGCAUAAAAAUCAUGGCUACCGGUCCAGGACUGAGCGCGGCGAAGAUCCUGAAUGGCGAAGGCAUCUCGACGCUAGGAACAGGUGUUUUCAGCGUUGCUCAGGCAAUUGCGUGCAGUCAGGCUGGGUGUUUGUUUAUCAGCCCUUACUAUAAUGAGAUACGAACAUACCUUAACCCGUCAUUGUGGCCUGAUGUUGCUGAUCCAGCACUGGAGCAUCCCUUUUCUCACCGCAUUGCUCAGAUGGUCCAAGCAUAUAAGGAUUUGUUCAAGCAAACGGGAAAUCAGCAACCAUUGAUAAAGAAUGCUGGGUUUUUCUCAUACCGGGAAGUCAUCGCCACAGCUGAGCUAGGCUGCCAUUCUGCCACAUUAUCCAAGGACAAUCUUGAGGAAUUACAAGACAUGGAAUCUACAAAAGUGGCUUUGCCGGUUGGCGUGAAAAUUGCUAGCCUGAGAAGCCCUUACUCUGAUGAUGCCGAGAUUCUCUCGCCAAGGUUGAAGCAACUCAUGACUAGUGAUCCGCUUGCAACUCUUCGCCCUGGGGAAACAUGGUCACCAACCGAUAUAAACCUCGACUACUUGGCAAACGGGGGGCAGAUCCUGGAAGAAGUAUUGGCAAAGGACGAGGCAGCUACACGAAUGGUUCGCGAUGCUCUUGAGUUGUUUAUGUACUCUGAAGCAGAAAUGCAGAAAGUCAUUGAGGCAGUGUGGUCAAGGGCAAGUUUGUAA